AUGUGCGCUCUCAUUCGGUCGCCGUGCACGGGCUGCGGUUUCGGGCGGGCCGUCGACUGUGCGGAGUUCUUGCGGAGUGAAUGCGACCCGGCCAUCAAAGCGUUUCGCGAGCUGUACUCUUAUGUAACAGACGUCUUUAUGUUGCGUCUUGGCAACAAGAGGGCGACCGUUACGUGUGCUAUGUGUGAAGGCUACUGCUGCAGCUACGUCGCACAAAGGCGGCUUAAUAUCAGGGGCCGGCUGUUCGAUCGCUGCAAAAUUAAGUCCACUCCGAACCUAGCGUCAGUCUACUUCACGGGCCCGAUUGCGGGGCCGCCUCUAUCCGAUCGAUCGGAACUUGGACUGGCGUCGUUGCGAUCAUGCGUCUCUUGCUUGUUACGGUCGCCGCACGGGACAGAGCGGUGCGUAAUAACCGCGGCAUGGAAACAUAUGACGGCCGGGUGCGCCGGCGAGUGCGUCCGUCGCUCCGCUUGCUGGAGUUUUAUGUUAAUGGCGGCCGAUAAAGCGGGGCCCGGGCUCUGCGACGCUCAUUUGCAUUCAUGGGCCCGCAACCCUUGCCCGCCCGCCGCCCGCGCAGCC